AAUCAUUGAAACUUUCAAAGGCCAAAAAUUCAUCACUUUAUUUGUAUUGUUGUAUAGCGUUGACAUUAUUACAUACCUUCAAAAAUAACAUCAAUGGAAUACAAAUGGUUAUACACAUUUGUAUGUAUAUUACCAUUAUUUACCAUACUAAUCUUCAAACUCUUGUUUCAAAAAAAUAGAAGAUCAAUUAAUCUUCCUCCAAGUCCACCAAGUCUCCCAUUUAUAGGACAUCUACACCUUUUAAAAGAACCAAUUUACCAAUCUUUGCAAAAAAUUUCACAAAAAUAUGGGCCUAUAAUUUCUCUUAAAUUUGGGGUUCGCCUUGUUGUUAUAAUCACUUCACCAUCUGCUGUAGAAGAAUGUUUUUCCAAGAACGACAUUAUCUUGGCCGAUCGACCUUUACUUCUUGCAGGAAAGUACCUUGCCUAUAAUGGUAACACAUUGGUUACUGCCCCUUAUGGUGAUCAUUGGCGUAACCUUCGGAAGAUUUGUUUACUUGGAGUACUUUCGACGAAUUGCCUUAGAGAGUCUGUUGGGAUCAGGAGCGAUGAAGUCAAGCAAAUGCUUAGUAAAAUUUAUAAAUGUUCGAGUGUAGGAUAUGGGAAGGUGGAGAUGAAAUCGAUCUUUCGAGAUUUGGUGUUUAAUGUAUUAUUGAGAAUGCUUGCUGGGAAAAGAUACUUUGGUGAAGGUGUGAAGAAUAUUGAAGAGGCAAAGCGGUUUACUGAUAUAAUUAGAGAUGUUCUUGAAGUUGCUACAGCUUCAAACCCUGCAGAUUUUCUACCGGUAAUGAGAUGGAUUGAUUAUGGUGGAUAUAUAAAGAGGAUCAAAGGGUUGGCGAAAAAGAGUGAUGAUUUCUUACAAGGUCUAAUAGAUGAGCAGAGAAAGGGGCUAUCCAAUACAGAAGAUGAAGAAACUAUGAUAAGCCGUCUGCUUUCUUUGCAGAAAUCAGAUCCUGAGUACUACACUGAUGAAACUAUUAAAGGACUUAUAUUGGUUUUGCUUGUUGCAGGGACAGACACUACAUCAGCAACAAUGGAGUGGACAAUGUCACUACUGCUUAACAAUCCCAAUGUUAUGGACAAGGUUCAAUCUGAAAUAGAUAGUCAAGUUGGACAAGAUAAUUUGAUAAACGAGUUGGAUAUUCCUAGAUUACCAUAUCUUCAAAAUGUCAUAUUAGAGACUCUACGGAUGUUCCCUGCAGUCCCACUUCUACUGCCACAUAUGUCAUCCCGGGAAUGUCAGAUAGGCGGGUUUGAUGUACCGCGUGGAACCAUGUUAUUGGUCAAUGCAUGGGCCAUUCAUCGGGAUCCUAAUGUGUGGGACGAGCCUACAGAAUUCAAGCCAGAGCGUUUUCAGAAUAUGGAUUUUGAUCAGUAUACGUUGUUGCCUUUUGGCACAGGAAGGAGAGGUUGCCCUGGGGCAACAUUAGGUAAUCGAAUCAUCAGUUUGGCCUUAGGAUCGCUGAUUCAGUGUUACUAUUGGAAAAGGAUUAGUGAUGAGGAAGUAGAUAUGACAGAAGGAACAGGGCUUAAUAUGCCAAAAGCACAGCCUCUUGAAGCAGUAUGUAAAGCACGGACAAUUCUAAGCAAAAUCCUUUGAUCUCCCUACUUAAUUCAAUUGGCUAUACAUGCUAAGCUCAUACAAUCAAUACUGUCAAGCUAUGAUUACUUUAGCCAACUUGUAAAAUGUAAUACUUGUAUCUGAUCUAAUUAAAUAAAAUCAAAAAAAUAAUUCAAAAAAAAAAAAAAAA